CCAGCAGACACCGCGCCGCGGCUGCGCAGUCCCGGGGAGGCUUUUAAUUCCAUUGUGGAGAGGACGGCGUUAUUUUUAUUAACCGGAGGCGACGGUGGCUGCGGCGGCGGCGGGACCCCCAGGCCUCCUCCGGGGCAUGAAAAUCGGCGGUGGGUUCCUGAGUGGCGGCGGCGGGAGCGGCAGCAGCGGCGGCGGCGGCCGGCGAGCGGAGAUGGAGCCCACCUUUCCCCAGGGUAUGGUCAUGUUCAACCACCGGCUCCCCCCGGUCACCAGCUUCACCCGGCCGGCGGGCUCGGCCGCCCCUCCCCCGCAGUGCGUGUUAGCCUCCUCUACCUCCGCAGCCCCGGCCGCCGAGCCCCCCCCUCCGCCGGCCCCGGACAUGACUUUCAAGAAGGAGCCGGCCGCGUCCGCCGCGGCCUUCCCCUCGCAGAGGACCUCCUGGGGAUUCCUGCAGUCGCUGGUUAGCAUCAAACAGGAGAAGCCGGCGGACCCCGAGGAGCAGCCGCAGCCCCACCACCACCACCACCACCACCACCACCACUACGGGGGGCUGUUCGCCGGGGCCGAGGAGCGGUCCCCGGGCCUGGGAGGCGGGGAAGGGGGCGGCCACGGCGUCAUCCAGGACCUCAGCAUUCUGCACCAGCAUGUCCCGCAGCAGCAGCAGCAGCCAGCCCAGCACCACCGCGACGUGCUACUGAGCAGCAGCAGCAGCAGCAGCCGGACCGAUGACCACCCUGGCCACGAGGAGCCAAAGCAGGACGCCAGCGUCAAAAAGGCGAAGAGGCCAAAGCCAGAAUCUCAGGGAAUCAAAGCCAAGAGGAAGCCAAGCGCAUCUUCCAAGCCGUCUUUGGUAGGCGAUGGAGAAGGUGCCGUCCUCUCCCCCAGUCAGAAACCUCACAUCUGCGACCACUGUAGUGCUGCCUUCAGGAGCUCCUACCACCUGCGGAGACACGUGCUCAUCCACACCGGGGAGAGGCCCUUCCAGUGCAGCCAGUGCAGCAUGGGGUUCAUUCAGAAAUACCUGCUGCAGAGACACGAGAAAAUCCACAGUCGAGAGAAGCCCUUCGGGUGUGACCAGUGCAGCAUGAAGUUCAUUCAGAAGUACCAUAUGGAGAGACACAAGAGGACGCACAGUGGAGAAAAGCCAUACAAAUGUGACACUUGCCAACAGUAUUUUUCAAGGACUGAUAGACUGUUGAAGCACAGGCGCACAUGUGGUGAAGCCAUAGCUAAAGGAGCCGCUAGUGCAGAACCUGGGUCGUCCAACCCUAACAAUAUGGGUAACCUGGCUGUGUUGUCUCAGGGAAACACAAGUUCUUCAAGGAGGAAAACGAAGUCAAAGAGCAUAGCUGUUGAAAAUAAGGAACACAAGACUGGGAAAACGAACGAGGCGCAGGUUUCAAAUAACCUCAGCAUGCAGAGUUACACGGUGGAGAUGCCCACCGUGUCUGCCAGUGGCGGCAUCGUGGGCACUGGUCUAGACGAACUACAGAAGAGGGUGCCAAAGCUCAUCUUCAAGAAAGGCAGCAGGAAGAGCACGGAUAAGAACUACCUUAACUUUGUGUCACCACUCCCAGACAUUGUCGGGCAGAAGUCCUUGUCCGGGAAGCCAGGUGGCUCCCUUGGCAUAGUGUCUAAUAACAGCGUGGAGACCAUUAGUCUUCUCCAGAGUACAAGUGGCAAACAAGGUCAAAUAGGUAGCAAUUACGACGACGCCAUGCAGUUUUCAAAGAAAAGAAGAUACCUACCAACUGCCAGCAGCAACAGUGCCUUUUCUAUAAAUGUAGGACACAUGGUCUCCCAGCAGUCGGUCAUUCAGUCCGCGGGGGUCAGUGUUUUGGACAGUGAGGCGCCAUUGUCACUUAUAGAUUCCUCAGCUCUCAAUGCUGAAAUCAAGUCCUGUCAUGACAAGUCCGGGAUUCCUGAUGAGGUUUUACAGAGUAUUCUGGAUCAGUAUUCCAACAAGUCGGAAAGCCAGAAAGAGGAUCCUUUCAACAUAACGGAACCACGAGUGGAUUUACACACCUCAGGAGAACAUUCAGAGUUGGUUCAAGAAGAGAAUUUGAGCCCAGGCACCCAAACACCUUCGAAUGACAAAGCCAGCAUGUUGCAAGAGUACUCCAAAUACCUCCAGCAGGCUUUUGAAAAAUCCACCAAUGCAGGUUUUACUCUUGGACACGGUUUCCAGUUUGUCAGUCUGUCGUCACCUCUCCACAACCACACUUUAUUUCCAGAAAAACAGAUAUACACUACGUCUCCCUUGGAGUGUGGUUUUGGCCAAUCUGUUACCUCAGUGUUGCCAUCCUCAUUGCCAAAGCCUCCCUUUGGGAUGUUGUUUGGGUCCCAGCCAGGUCUUUACUUGUCUGCUCUGGAUGCCACCCAUCAGCAGCUGACCCCUUCCCAGGAGCUCGAUGACCUGAUAGAUUCUCAGAAGAAUUUAGAGACUUCGUCCGCCUUCCAGGCCUCAUCUCAGAAACUGACUAGCCAGAAGGAGCAACAGAAAAACUUAGAGUCCUCCACGAGCUUUCAGAUUCCAUCUCAGGAGUUAGCUAGCCAGAUCGAUCCUCAGAAAGACAUAGAGCCUAGAACAACAUACCAGAUUGAGAACUUUGCACAGGCGUUCGGUUCUCAGUUUAAGUCGGGCAGCAGGGUGCCAAUGACCUUUAUCACUAACUCUAAUGGAGAAGUGGACCAUAGAGUAAGGACUUCAGUGUCAGAUUUCUCAGGGUAUACAAACAUGAUGUCUGAUGUAAGUGAGCCAUGUAGUACAAGAGUAAAGACGCCCACCAGCCAGAGUUACAGGUAAGGUCCCAGAGUGACCAGGCUGGGGGUCUUCUAAUGUAAUUUUGUUUUAUUUUGAGAACACUGCCAUUGGAAUGUUUCUACACGAUCCUAUUAAGAAUAAUGUAAUGCCCUUUCAAUGCAACUUUUCAUAUUUAGUUUAUUUUGUUAGUGUGAUUUUAGCUCUGUUUGUAUUAUGAUUUUUAAUCAAAAUCAAUAGAUUAAAAAUAGUUUGACAUUCAAAGUGACAAUGUUUAGCAAUCAAAUUUACAUGUAUAGAUUGUCAGGGAAUAGCCCAAAAGUUUUAAAUGCAAAAACAAACAAACAAACAAAAAACCUCUACAAAAACUAAAAAAAAAAAAAUCUUUGUUGCUAGGAUUAAGGUUAUUCUAAUUGCUUUACUCUCAGGAAAGUAAUAACGCAUGGGAAUUCUGUACGUUAUCACUGUAAUGGAAUAUCCAAUUUACAGAUAGUAUGAUACACAUUUCAUCUUUUAAGUAAGGGAUCGAAAACAUUUCAAAUCGCCCUAUCUGGGCUGAAAUGUUAUACAUUUCAUCAUUUAAGUUAAGGGAUUUGAAAAACAUUUCAAAUUGCUAUCUCCAUCUGGGCUGAUCCAAAAUUCGGAGAUUGUUGGCUACCUAUAUUAUUUUGUUGCAGCUUUUAAAUGUACUCUGAACUUCCAAACCACAUUCAUUCCAGCCUGGUAGAACAAAUACUCUUGGAUCUUUGAUCAAAGCCUGGAAUGAUAGCUUUAAUAAAAGAAGAAAAAAAGCACCCUCUGUUGAUCCUGUUAACAAGGCUGUAAUUCCAUUAAGUGAUUCUACUGACAUCCAGUACAGUGUUGAAGCCCAGGUGGUUGGUUGGCUCCAGUAGAAGAAGCCAUGUUGGAAUCACAUAAUACAUUGAAAUUUGGGGUAUGCAUUAUUUAUUAUACGUGGCCUAAAACGUUCUCUUCUCUGUGCUGUUCCGUAUCACCCACACGUCUGUGUUUUUGUUGUUAUUAACCUCCCUGGUUAGAGUUCUGGACCGUCCUCCUCCCGUCUCUCCCCUGUCUUGACAGUUUGGAUUUGAAAACGACUUACAUUCCAAUAGAUAAUCGAUUAUGCCUUUUAUAUGCCUUAUGGCGUCCAAAUAGCUAAACCAGAAUAAACAUCCCUAACCCCCAUCUUUUUUUUUUUUUUUCAAACCCCAUACUGAUUUCCAUGUAUAAUAAAACCCCAUGUACUUGGAGCUACAGGUACUAACAAGGUUGUGAUUCCAGCUGGUGGUGUAGCUCACGUGAGGGGCGAGGGUGUGUUUGUGUUCCGUGAUGACAUCAGAACCUCUCAGUGAGAUUGCAGCCUUUGCAGUGUGUUUUAAAGGGUGCGUCAGUCAGUAUUGUACAGGGGUCUUGUGAAGUCAUCAGAACCUGCUAUGAACGCUAAUUGCCAUUUGAAGCUACUGAUAGGCGGUGGCUCUGCUCUAAACCACUUUUUAGCAAUUGUAUUUUUUCUUGAUUAUAUAUUUUUUAAUGUACUUUGAUGUUUAUGCUGAUGAGUUUUUUAUGUACUUUUGGUGAUGUUUCAGUCUUAUGUACUCUUCUGACGUCAGAAAAGUACCACUGGUUGUUUGCAGUCUUAUUGUGUAAUCAGCCUACCACAGGCUUCCAUGUAUAAUAAAGUAAUUAAUAUUGUGCAAGUGUAAAACACUUUUGUUAUAAAAGCAGUGUUUGGAAAAUAAGAAAUUAUUAAAAAUGGUUACAAAAUACUAGUUAAUUUCCUUUCCCCACGUUCCUCCCUUUAGCUUUGACUGCUAAAGGGUCUUUGCAAGAUUCUUAGGAAAUGUGUUUAAUCCUCUUAAAUACACUCAGUACUAAAAAGUCUGUAUUUCUUAUUUCGGUAAGUGUGGCGAGUUCUGUUGGGUACAGAGUAUAAAGCUGUAAUGGCAGGAGGGAGAGGACCUUUUCCACUGUAUCUCUGAAGCUGUAUGAUUUUUCUCCAGUUUUUUGUUUCAUACAGGUUUUGAAUUUCUUUAACUUUUAUUGUGUGUACUGAAUACUGCAUAUGUAUUAUUCUGAUUGUUUGCUCUAGUUUACUACCAAUAAAAGUCCUGUUAAUCACAAAAUCGAAGAAAGGAGAUAUCACUUAAUAUCAUCCAGUCAUGAUUUCUGGAGUUUUCUAUGGACUACAUAAGCUGUUCACAUCACUGGAAUAACCUGCAAUUCAGGAGCUUGCAUUUGUAUUGUAUAUUUUAAAUCUAAGUAUUUUAUGUUUCUAGGCUUGUUUUAUUUGAAAGUGGGUUGAAUGUUUUGUGUUUGAGGCACUCAAUAAUACGGGAGAAUAGAAAUUUAACAUGUAAAUGGGAACAUGUUUUAUUGAAACGGGUUAGCUGUCCUGUUACUCCAGAGAGAUUAUUUAUUGAGGCUUUGAGGUCCAGGUGCAUACCUUUUUGCCUCAAAAAAGGUUGAAAUGCAAUGACAGUAUGAUGUAGAUAAAAUUUUAUGGUCAUGAGCAUUUUUUAGUAUGAAAAAAGUAUUGCUAAGUCAUAGUUAGCAGUAUUUUUUAAAAUUGAGACUAUGGGUAUUUAAGAGCUAAACCAUGUAAAUAUUAGAGAUGCAGAAAAUGUUGGAAAGCUAGUAAGUAUGUUAAAGGUGAGGGAGGAAAGAAUGCAGAUGGCUAAGAUCAUGAGAAAAACUGCUUUGGAAUUUAGUGGCUACAAAUGUUGAAAGAUCAGAAAUAUUAAAAAGGAUAGAGGUUGUCCGUUGAGGCUUUGCUUCUCGUCGUGUAUGAUAGUCUUGUAAGAUGAGGAAUGAUUGCGUUCAAUGUUAAGCAUGGAUUUCUGUGUAGACAACUAUCUCUACUUAUGGGCCCAUUUGAUUAGGAAAUGGAAGUCUCUUUGCUAAGGUUAUUCACUAGAUUUGGCCGUUUUCUUGAACCUUUUACUGAUCUGCCGUGAUUGCCCCACACUGAUGACUUAUUUCUCUGUUCCAGAUCACCCUUUAACAGAUUUAUUUUUUUAACCCACCUGCCUGCCUUUUUUGUGUAUUGUUUGUAUCUGAAGAAGAUUAUUUUACAACGAAAGGUUUUUACUUGUAAGGCGUUAGGGUAUGAAGUAGGAAACAGAUGAGUCUCUGGGUUUCUGUUGUGUUACUGUAUGUUCAGGAUAACCACCAUAAUGUAGCAAUUAUUGGCCAUUAGUUUGUGAGGUGAUUCAUUGAUGAGAACAGAGAAACAUGAAAAAUAGCUAUUUAAAAUUACGUUUGUUUAUGUUUUCAAAAUUGCGUAGACCGAUACAAAUAUAGCUACCUCAGAUUUAGUCUUCUGUAUUACAUGAAUCAGAUGAGAGGCAGAAGUUGUUGUUCGUUCCUGGUAUUUGGCUUUUUCUAGCUGUUCGCCAUGAGUAGCGUUUAAGCCUGAACUGGGUGAUAGCUUGAGCAAUAUGGCCUUGUGGGAACAUAUGCAAUCUUUCGUUUCCAAAUUGAUAGGUUCUCGUUAAAACAGAACAUCCCUCAUAAGUUCCAUUUUUAGAGCAAAAUGUGAAGACUGUCAUUUUCUCAGUGUAGUGGUCUCCGUGCUUUAGUAAGCGAGAUUUCAUUUUUUCAGAGUGAUGCAAGACUCUUUUGUUAGUGCUGUGGUGGGAGCCGUACAUCAGGCUGGGUUGAGGUUCUGUCAGUAUUGUUCCACAAACAUUUCUGUUACGCGACAUCUCCUGGUAUUUGAGAAAAGAGGUCUAUUGGUGAUUUGCCCAUCUGCGUGUACCCUGUUUGAAAUGAUAGAGUUCUCUAUAGAUUUUUGAGGGAAAUUAUUAUCGUCUACUUGUUAAUAUUUUUUAUCCUUAAUAAUUUAUUUUUUAAAAUGUUAGCAUGAAGACAGCAUCUUGGAAUUCUAUCAUCUUAAAAAGAAUCUUGAGACCAAAAAAAAGAUCCUCUCUGAAUCUAUUGAUAUUUUAAAGAGUUUAUUGACAUAAAGAGGACAUAUACUUUUUAAAAUUAUUUCUACUCUUUAAUACAAAUACUGUUUUGCUUUUUUUUAAAAAAAAAAGUAUUGACUCUUGAGUGUGACUAAGUUUCUUCUGUGUGGCUUCCUGAUGAGUCUCUGGCUCCCUCAUACAGGGAAGUGUCAUGUAACAUGUUGGGGGCCACUGACUUGCACACCUGAUAAAGUUGGUGUCCUCCUAGCCCCUGACCUUAGUCGAAAUAUGUCUGCACAGGAAAUCUUAACAAGCCAGCCUGCAAGCCCACAAGACCUCCCCCCCUGAACUCUGACACACAGGUCUUACCUGUUGUGACUACACACUAAGAAUCCCUUCUGUAGAAGACUGCCUAAAUACUGUAAUUUUCUCAUAUAAAAAAGUCAGAAAGCUGAUGCCUAACCCCAAAGUCAUAAAAUGUUAGGAUUACUUUUGAAUUUUAUCUGCAAUUCAGUUACUUAGUGUUUAUGGAAUAUAUUUAAGUAAUAUGAAGCCAGAGAGUUUCACGAUGAGCUGGGCAACUGAGCUGAAUAGAAUAUUUAUUUCUUCGCCCAUCUGAUGGCUCCAUACAGAUGCUGGAUGUAACAGUUGCUCAGUGUUUUCCAUCAACAGCCACCACCAAAAACAAUAAAAACCCAUGUUCAUGAUGUUCAAUCAUUACAGACAACUACUGUGGCUUUUGUAGUUGCACAGAAGAACCUUCCCAAAUAAGUACUGGCAGAAGUGAAAGGAAACCCACAGCCAACCCACACCUUUUUACGUAAGAGGAGUACUACUGAGUUCUUAAUAACAUUUCCACUAUCCUGAGUAAUGCCUGAGUAUGAGUAACCAGGUUGAAAUGUAGAGCAUGCUGUGUUGAAAUAGGUGUCUCUUGGGGAGGAUAGAUAAAUAGCUGGACCUUAUAAUCCAAAGGGGGAAACUUGGUUCUCUGUGUUUGUAGAGAACAAAAGAAUAAUGGCCAGAGGUUGAAGGCUAGGGCAGGUAGAAUGAAGAAUAGGUUUUGCAGGAAGGUAAGGAAUGUAGAAUUUAUCCCAGUAUUUAUAGUGUCCUGGAGAAUUUAAGUAACUGAAAGGGUAAAGGAGAUCUUUGGUUGGAAAACGUCGCUCUUACUUUGUCAUUCUUCCGGUUCAGACUUAUUUUGGUACCUUUGGUUUGUUAUGAACUUUAGUACUAUUGUGGAGCAAUUAAUAAAUAACUCUUAACAGACAAGUGUGGUGCACUUCUG